AUGCCUUCGCCGGAAGGAGGAGGAGUGGAGUUCAUGCACGAGACCAACGUGUUCGGGACGGUGAAGAUCACCAACGCUAUGCCGCCACAUAUGCGCGGACGGAAGUCGGGGCUCAUCGUGUUUCUAGGGCAGGGCGGUACGGCAAGCCAGCAUCCCCGUGCAUCUCGGCGAUCCCGCACUAAGGCAGCCGUACAGGCAAUCAGCCAAGUCAUCGUCUUCCUUGCAGUCCCGGGCGGGUUCCUCACCAGCCAGCUGGACACGCCGUAUACCAUGACGCACCACCAAGCACACCUCGCGAACGCGAUCAAGGGCGAGGGCCGGGCGGAGGGGAUGCCCACGCCGGACUGGCUGCUGCUGGGCAAGCCGACGUUCGCGCAGGCCACGCAGCUGAGCGGGAAGCUGGAAGAGAGUGUGAACACGUGGGAGGGGGUGUCGUCGAGGGACCUGGACUUCGAUGAUGAUGUAGAGUCGCAAUGUUUGGGACAGGAAUAG